AUGGCCGUCGCCGACGCGGUGCUUCCCUCGCCGCCGACGCCCCCGCCCCCGCCCCCGCCGGCGCGGAUCGUCGUCGUGAUGCUGCUGCUCGUGCGCUUCGGCCGCAUCCUCCGCGUCGCGGCGGGGGCCCUCACCUACGUGUGCUCGUCGGUUGCGUGCAUCUCCACCGGGGCCGCGGCUGCGCUGCUCGUCGCGCACCGCGCCUGGGGCACGCGCUCCGGCCCCUUCCUGUUCCUCCAGGCGUUCAUGUACGGGGGGCUCAAGGUCUGCGUCGUCAGCGUCCUUGCGUCGUUCGCGCUUGCCGUCCUGAUGGUGUGCGUCCAGCGCGUGGCAUACGAGAUUGCAGUUCGAACUGGAUCCACUUCGGAAUACAAUAAGAGCCGCUUCGUAUCAACCAAAUGGGAGCCGCUUUCACACUUGUUUAGGCUUCCACGCGCCGCGGUGCUUGGAUUGGCUGUGGAUGUGGCUUUCUUCCUGCCAACGGUCGCUGGUCUUCUGGUAGCGACGAUGUCGCCGCACGUGGAGGGUUCAAGAUCUCAGGGUCGAAUGGCCGGUUCCGUGAUCAUGGAAGUGGGGUUAUUUGGUAUGCUUGUGACAGCUUGCUUUGUUACCAUCCCAGCGCUCAUUCUUCAUGCCUGGAGGAGGGACCAGGCGGAAUGGAAAGCACGAUCACAGUGCUGUUGAGAUGAAGCUAAGAAGAGGUGUCCGCAGAAUUUGGCAAGGAGCUACAGUGCCCAUUCCGCUGAUGGUUGUGAGUGAUCCCAACAGAUGCAAGUUUUCAGAGGAAAAACAGCCUUUGAAGACUUGCUUCUUUCUACUAUUAGUAGAUCCUAAUUGUCAUUAGCCAUGGGAACUUUUGUAGACUUGCUUAGUUCUGAUAUUACUAGACUGUAAUCAUCAAUAGCCGUGAAGUUUGUGGGUCAUUAUGGAUCUGGUGAUGAUGUUUGAUGCUACUCCGGGCUACUUGCUUACAAGUUUGCACUGGAGUAUUGGUGUAUACAUGAUGGUGGAAUUUGUGUCCUGUUUGUAAUACCCUGUUGGAAGAAAAUGCUUCCAUUCCAUGAGACAUCAAUCUGGUGAUGAAUUGGUAUGACUGCUGUCAGUUUGCAUUCUUAUGUUGUAUGCAUGGUAGUAAC